AUGCUGAUUUCAGAUUUGGUGAGUUUGGAUGCGAAUCCCAGCUUUGAGAAGACUUGGUCGCAGGUUUACUUGUCAUGCUGUAGCACGGAGAGAGGCGGGGAUUGCUGGAGACACUGUGAGGGUUGCUGCUGCCAUGAUCUCGACUUCGCCCAUCUCAGAGAAGCCGUGGCCAGCCACGUCUACGCGCUGGACUUUCUGGCUCCUGCAGACAAAGUGAAGCGGGCUUUCUGGUUGAUGCCAGAGGUCUAUGUGGCGGGUCUCCAUGUGACGCAUCAUUGCUUUGGAGAUGUGGCCAGUUGGUUGGCCUCCAAGGACCCGUUGGGCAUCCUGUCUCUCCGCCUUUUCUUCCACGAAGUCGAAUCUCAAUGGACGCAGAACAAUAAGGUGGCCUUGGACUUUCGGGAGCUGACGCACGCGCAAUCCACCUGGGGGAUGAUGCAGAUUGCUCUGAGAAUUUUCAGCUGGCGGCAGAUUGCAGUGAGUGGUUGGCCAUUGCUAAACCUCGCAAAGGCCCUCUACCUGUUCUUUGAGCCUCCGGUGACUUUGAUCGAGGAGCAAGAGGCGCUAUGGAAAGAUGCCAAAGCGGAUGGGAGAUUUUUCCGGCUUCUGUGGAAACAUGCUGCUCCUUUGAAACCCUUUAUCAGCAGCAUGCAGAAGGAUGAGACGGCUACGCACCAAGACGAAGAUGUGGAACGGCAGCUCCAAGAGCUUUGCGCAGAAGUCUCUCCCAAGCUACGAGGAGUGAGGCAGCUGGUGCAGGCGCAGCUUCGUCACGAUGACCGCACGAUGCCUUCUUGCCAGUCGUUUGCACUGGAUGAAGUGUCUGAUGUGGUGGCAGACAUGGUGGGCAAGGUACCAAGACUUCAUGAUUUGAUCUUCCAUCCAUUUCCAGUACUCACGCUGUUGGAUCGCUUGUUGUUGCCCACCUCAAUAUGGGCAGGGCUUCAGCUGUGCAUUCCCUCGUUAUGGAGACAUGAUCUGGCAGCCGCCACUGCUGCGAGGAUACGCGGCACUUUGGUUGCGCGGCCGCAACCAGGUAGCCCUGGAUGCCAGGAGCUGCAGGACCUGAUUAAAGAGAGGGACAUCGGCUGCAUGGUUGACGUAGGAUCUAUGUUUGGAGCCUGCGCCGCAGCAGCCGCGAAUGAGUUUCCAGAGGUGCGAGUUGUGGCAUAUGACAAGAGCUGGUCCAAUAUCCGUGCUUUGGAAAGGACUGCAGCUUUGUCAAAUUUGAGUGUGGAGGCACAUGCCGUGUGCAUGGUCAACACUCAAGAGGAGUGUGAAGGCUGCCAGGCCUGCCGGACCCUGGCUGAGGAAUAUCCCUUUGGCUCGGAGGGUCGCAUCCUGCUGUGGAUGAGUCAAAUGAGUGGUCCACUGCACUUCAUCUUGAAGGGCGGUAGACCUCUCUUUGAGAAGCAAUUGAUUCACACCGUGGCAGUGAUGACGAUACCCAAAGAGAUCAACGGAAUCAAGCGCACACUGGGAAGAGGCUAUGACUUCGAACUGCGAUGGCAAAACUCCUCACUGCAUUCCACCGUGCUGCUGGUGGCGUCCCUGCGAGAGUUUGGCAAAGAUCUGGACUCAGCAGAUCAGCAGAGCUGCGGGAAAACGCACCGUUGUGUGAAUCGAGCCGCCUAUUCGGCCGCCAGGGCUGUGUGUCGUCAAGAGAUUCUCACCAAGGGCAUCUGCGAAAUCCCUGGAUUUCUGCAACCCGAAGCCGUCCGAAAGAUCUUGUGUUCAGCGGAGCAGCUGAAAAAACGACCUGGUUGCGGAUUCAGAUCCUUCGAAGAACACAAUGUGUAUCUUGAGGAGAAAGCGGAUGUAAGUCGAAUCCGCUCUGCAUCCUUUAGCAGUUCAAAGGUCUUGAUCAAUCAAGCAGAAUUGGCUGAAGGUUGUCCGGAACUCGUUGAGCUGUUCCACUGGGAUGGUUUGAGACAGCUGCUUCAAGAGGCCUUUGGCUUGGAGAAGUUGUUUUGCUCUGCAGAUCCAUUGGGCGGAGUUUACUUGAACUUUUUCGAGAAGGGGGAUCAGCUAGGGUGGCACUUUGAUCGCUCAGAGAUGCUGCCAUGGCAUUUGUUGGUUUACACCACUGGACAUCGACAUCUCUUCACAUCACAGCAAGACGUCAACAUCACAGCAAUGGCUCCAGUGGAGAGUCCAGGCACCAUGGAACUGGAAAAGCUUCUGACGCAGGGCUCCUCUUGUGUGACCUUGGCCAUGGUGACGGUUAGAGAAGAAGAUUGUUUGUCCAGCAAAAUCCUGGGCCACUUCAGUGCAGGGAGCCAUCUCCAGGUGCUCCAGCUCUCAGAUGCCAAACCAGGAGAACUGCUGCGAGCCGAAGUGAAAUCCACUUCGAUGCAAGGUUGGAUCACGGUUCGCAACACCGUUGGCCAAGCAUUGGUUGGAAUGCAAGCCAACAAGGUGACCCGUUCCACUCGCUUGGACGAGGUGAUGAAAGGCUCGCAGUUGGAGACGCUUCGCCUCAUGACCCUGCGCACCGGGGAGGCGUUGAGUAGUGAAUGUGUUGGGCAGCUGCCGGCGCAUACCAGGAUCCAGGUCCUGGAGCUGGUCGGAGAGGCGCAAGGAGCUCUGAGGCGUGCGAAGAUUGCUACCUUGGAGUCAGCACCGCCCAAAGAGGGCAAGAUGGAAGGAUGGGCGAGCUUAUCGGACUCCAAAGGCAACGUGCUAGUGAGGACUUCAGCCACUUCCUCCAGGAGGCCUCUGAUCAAAGAGAUCGUGGACGAUGGAGCCAUUUCCUUGCAAAAGAAACAAGCCAAUUUGGCAAUGGGUUUGCUGAAUUCCGCUAGGUCUGGGGACUUUGAAAAGUUCAAGGAGAUUGCAGAGGCUGUGGCUCGCGAAGGUGACGAUUCGCCCAUGUCUCCUUCCAGGCGUCGUGACAGCCCGCUGGACUGCUGCGACGUGCGCGGCCGCACGCCCUUGAUCUACGCCGCGGCGUUUGGCUCGGUCUCCAUUGUUGAGUUUUUGCUCAACAAAGAUGAGGUGUACGUGAACGCUAUGGAUGAUACGCAGAAGACUGCACUGCAUCAUGCAGCCCGUCACUCGCAGGCUGAGAUCUUGCGCCUCCUGCUGAAUGCUGGAGCAAUGAGCGAAGCAAGAGAUCACAACGGCUGCACGGCCCUGAUGUUCUGUGCUGGCACUGGCAAUGUGGCAGGUUUGCAAGCGCUCUUGGAAAAGCACGCCAAUCCCUGUGUGGAAGACUAUCAGGGUAACAGCGCGCUCUCCUACGCCAAAGACUUGAAUCAUCAGGAGAUCGUCGAGAAGCUCAUAGCAGCUGGUGCUGUCGAGGAAGCUCAAAAUGAAGAAAGCUCAGUGCAAAAGAACAGAAAGAGACGAGUCAGGACUGAGACCGUAGCUCAAGCUGACCUUGAAGAGGCAGUACAAGUAGCUUUGGAGGUCUUGGAGCCAGGCCUUUCGGAAGAGGAGCAGCGCCGCAGCGCGGCAGAGAAACGCCUAGAGGAGCUGUUGCACGGCUCCAGUCUGCGGGAUGUAGAGGCAGCUUUGGAAGGUGCUCGUCAAGCUGGCGUCAAGGACGAGGCCCUCUUGAACGCCGCCAACAAGAGACUAGAAGAGUUGCAGGAGCGAGACCAGGCCUUGGAUCAUUUGCUGGCGGCCAUCGAUGAGAUCCAGCAGCAGAAGAGCAAGCCAGUUGGCAUGCAGGGUUUGGCGUCCUUAGAGGAGGCAUUGCAAAAAGCAAAGGAAAAGGGCGUGGCAGAGAAGGACUUGGAGCCUGGGCAACGGGUCUUCCAAGAAGAAGUUCCAAGAGCGAAGGCGCGUCAGCAGUUGCGAGAAGCCCAAAAUAACGAUGCCAGUGCCCUGCGCGACGCCAUUGCGGCGGCCAAGAAUUGCCAGCUCCCCGAGGAGGAGAUGCAGCCCUUCGAGGAACUGCUUCGGGGUGCCGAAUCAAAGGAAGCAGCUGAGGCAGCUCUAAAGAAGGCCCAAGAAUCCAGAGAUAUUGCCGCCUUGAAGUUUGCGCUACAGCAGGCAAGGGAGGCUGGCGUGGAUGCCAACGUGAUUUCAGAGGCUGAGGAGAUCUUAAAAGUGGAGGCCCCGAAGCAUGAAGCCCGGCAGCAGAUGGCAACCCAAUUGGCCAAGGUGAGCAAUGCAGGUGAUGAAGGUCCAUCCCUGGAAGACCUCAACUUGCUACAGGAAGCGAUCGACCAAGCCAAGUCGGUGCAGCUGCCAGAAGAAGAGUAUGCUCGAGCCCUGACCAUCCUAGCCCAAGAACAACAGAGGGCCACCUGCAAAGCGGAGGUGGCCAAGGUGCUGGCAGAGGUGAAGGAAGUCGAUAAGACCAGUAUAGAAAGUGUGGAGACUGCAAAAGAGAAACUCGGUAAUGCACUUCUGGCGGCAAAGGCAUCCUCAGUGCCCUCCAUGGCCCUCCGCGAAGCGGAUGCCUUCCGAAGGAGGCUUCACAACAUGGUGGAAGAUCUGAAGGGAUCCAUCCGCGUCUUCUGCCGAGUGCGACCAUUGAGCGGGAGAGAGAAGGAUCUGAAGGACACAGAUAUCUCCCAGCAAGUUGACACCAUGACGGUGACCGUGCAAAAGCCGAGCGUCGGAACCAUCGCCAACGACGCGGAGCAGUUCAACUUCGAUGCCGUUUUCAAACCCGGCACGCAGGCAGAAGUCUUUGAUACCUGUCGUGAUCUGGUGCAAUCUGCACUGGAUGGAUACAACGUCACGAUGUUUGCCUAUGGCCAGACAGGUGCCGGAAAGACUUUCACCAUGUAUGGUGGCCCUGGUGACAUGAAGGGCACCGCCCCCCGAACCAUCGAUGAACUGUACAGGUUGAUCAAGAAAGAUGAGGAUCGGGUGCAAUUCACAGUCAUGGCGUCAAUGAUGGAGCUCUACAGAAAUGAGUUGGUCGAUCUCUUGACGCAGAAGAACAGCGGUGGUGCGUCUCCGAAACGGAAGAGUCAGCGACCCGAAACCGCUGCUGUGGACCAAAAGCUCAAUGUCCGCCUGGAUAAGAACGGAGCCGUGCAAAUCGAGCACUUGUACGAGGAGGAGUGCAAGACUGCGCAGGCCUUGUCCGAUCUUCUCGAGCGUGGAAAUCAGAUGCGCACCGUCUGUGCCACCAAGAUGAACAGCGAGAGUUCUCGAUCGCACCUCAUCCUGAUUAUUCGAGUCGUGGGCGUCAACAAAGAGACGGAGCAGAAGUUGAGCGGAAAGAUCCUGUUGUGCGACUUGGCCGGAUCAGAACGACUCAAGAAGUCAGAUGUCUCUGGGGAAGCACAAAAGGAAGCCAUUGAAAUCAACAAGUCCUUGACUGCCUUGGGCGAUGUGAUGGAGGCAUUGGUGAAAGGCAAUCCACAUGUGCCUUACAAAAACCACAAGUUGACGCAGGUGAUGUCCGAUGCCUUGGGCGGAACGUCCAAGACGCUGAUGUUUGUGAACUGCUCACCUGCCAGCUCCAACUUUGAGGAAACACUUAUGACGUUGAAGUUUGCUUCUCGUGCAAAGACCAUCACGAACGAUGUGAAGCGCAAGAUGAUCGCCAAAGCGAAGCCUAUGCCGAAGGCAUGAGCGCGAAGAAUGGAUGGAAUGUGAAGCUGCGUAUUGGCCAAGGCUUGCAAGGCCCAUGGCGCAGCCUGACAUUCCUGGAAUUGGUGUCACUGGCGCUAGACAUUUAUCGACGUUUUCGUUCAGUUGAUCAGUCCG